AUGUGUGCGCAGCGCUGCGAGGUGACGGUGCGCGGCGCCGUGAGCCAGCGGAGCCUGGGCGCCCUCGUCUGGGAGAUCUUCGCUCACGCGCUCUACCAGCGCGGACAGCUGCCGCUUCCCUACCCGCAGCUGCUGCACUUCCACAGCCGCCUGGCAGAGGUGCCCCCCAGGUUAAGGCAAGAAGCACGCACGCUGACGGCCCUACACGAGCUGAGCGGCCACCUGGAGACGCUCUUCUCCCUGUCGCACGUGCCCCGGGUCCUCAUCCUGCUCGGGCCGAGCCCCGUGUCGCCGCUCGAGCUCUACGAGCUGGACUUCCACGAGCUGGCGCUGGGAGGCAGCGGCGAUGCGCUGUGCCACGCUCGCUACAGCCGCCACGUGUUUCACUCGCUCUUCGUGCAGGAUGUGUUUGGCGAGCCGCGCACUCUGCCCGUCACCUCGGCCACACUGCUGCUGUGGGCGCACAGGGACUGCGGCGUCGACUGGUUCAAGCCCAAGCUCAACUACAAGCCGCCCACCCGCGGGAGGAGGGUCGUCGUCACGUUUAGCAACAGUCUGGAGGAGCCGCUGGGCAUGGCCCUCGGCCAGCCGCGCGAGGACGACUGCGUGUGGUUCCAGGCCCCUGUGGCCAUCAAGGGCGUCCUGGACAGUGGGUCAGGCCAGGGUUAG